UGUCCCGGGAGCGGCACGGGAAGGGGGCGGCGGCGGCGGCGCCUGCGCCGAGCACUCGGCGCUGUCUCGAGUGGUGGGGAUGCUGCGCGCCGGGCUGGGAAGAAGGAGCCGAUGUUGCGGAGGGCUCUGGAGGAGACCCUGCCCCGAAGCUGCCGGCGGCAGAGCCAGAGCCCUGAGCGCUGCCUCUGCCUCCCCUUCCCCGGGCAGCGGCGGCGGGGCGCGGAGCGGAGGCGCUCCCCCGGCAGGUGCUAGUAAUGUAAAGCCAUUGGAUGGUGUGAAAAUUCUUGAUUUAACAAGGGUUCUUGCAGGACCAUUUGCCACAAUGAAUUUGGGAGAUCUAGGGGCUGAAGUUAUUAAAGUGGAAAGACCAGGAGCUGGUGAUGACACAAGAGCCUGGGGCCCACCUUUUGCUGGGACAGAAAGUGUUUAUUUUCUCAGUGUCAAUAGAAACAAAAAGAGUAUAGCCAUCAACAUGAAGGAUUCAAAAGGAGUAAAGCUUAUCAAAGAGCUUGCAGCAGCAUCUGAUGUUUUAGUGGAAAACUUUGUCCCUGGGAAGCUGGCUGAAAUGGGUCUAGGUUAUGAAGACAUUAAAAAGAUUGCUCCUCACAUAGUGUACUGUUCAAUAACAGGUUAUGGUCAGACUGGUCCAGUGGUUCAGAGAGGUGGAUAUGACUCCAUUGCUGCUGCUGUUUCUGGUCUCAUGCAUAUCACAGGGCAUGAGGGUGGUGAGCCAGUUAGAUCAGGAGUAGCAAUGACAGACCUUGCUACGGGGUUGUAUACAUAUGGAGCAAUUAUGGCUGGUUUACUUCAGAGGUAUAAGACAGGAAAAGGACUACACAUUGACUGCAACCUCCUGUCAACUCAGGUUGCAUGUCUCACUCAUGUAGCAGCUAAUUACCUUAAUUGCAAAAUUGAAGCAAAACGCUGGGGUAGUGCUCAUGGGAGUAUUGUUCCAUAUCAGGCAUUUAAGACCAAGGAUGGCUACAUCGUGGUGGGAGCUGGAAAUGAUCAUCAGUUUGUCACUGUGUGCAAGAUCCUGAAUUUGCCUGAAGUUAGUAAAGAUUCCAGAUACAAAACUAAUACACUCAGAGUCCAGAACAGAAAAGAACUUAUUGACAUAUUAUCAACACGGUUUUCAGAAAAAGCGACGCUCGAGUGGCUGCAGCUCUUUGAAGGCAGUGGGGUUCCCUACGGCCCAAUCAACAACAUGCAGCAAGUGUUCUCAGAUCCUCAGGUACUGCACAAUGGACUUGUGAUGGAAAUGAAUCAUCCAACAGCUGGGAAGAUAGCUGUUCCAGGUGACAAUAAAUGCCCCCUCAACUUCAUGCCUGAAUGGAGUAUGUCCUGCUGACAGCAAGGAUGCACAGAUGACCACCACCUUUCACCCCCUCACCAGUCACCCUCCUUCUACCCCAGCAAAGGCCUGUUUUCAUCUGCAAGGCUCCUGUAACUCACCCACAUGCAAAUGCUUUUGACCUUAAUUAAAGCAGUUCACCUCUCUCUGCCUCUAGGGAUGGUUUCCUCAUAAGGCAGUUGUGUUUAAUUAGCAUUUGCAUAGCAUUCUGCUGGUUGCUUUCCUGGAGCGUUGUUCAGUAGGAGCGUGGGAUUGCUGAAGCCUGACUGGCAAGCUUUGCACCCUCUUAAUUGACACAGAAGCCAAGUAGAAUUUACACAAGGAAAGAACAGAGAAUUGUUAAUGAUGGAUCAUUAGCAAGUAGCUCCUUUGAAUGAAUGUAGAUAACUUUAUAACUCUAUCAAAGUGAAAAGUAGCGUGAUGAAUUAUGCAUCAAACAAUAAAAGCUCAAGGAAGA